UGGAAUGUGUCCUUAUGCAGAAUCCAGACUGUUGUGAUGUCACACAGAAAGGGGAGUGUGUCCUUAUGUAGAAUUCAGAAUGCUGUGAUGUCAUAUGGAAGGUGGAAUGUGUCCUUAUGCAGAAUCCAGACUGUUGCAGAGACUCAAUAGGUGGGAGAUACAUUUCAUUUGGUAAACCACAUUUGAGACAUAGGUUACACAUCGACUUAAACAUCAUGUCUGACAAUUGUGACGCCUUGAGUGCCGCUCCAGAGGAAGCCGGUGAUGCAACGGUGGGGGUGCACUUCAUACAUCUGGAAGAAGUAAUGGACGUAUCUGAGGAGUGGCAAGAUGCCAAUGAACGACAAGAGCUGAGGAGAAGACUCCGUGAGGCUGCGACCCGCUGCAGACAGAAGAGGGAGAACCACGACAGGUUGUUGGAGCACGGACUAGACCUGGAGGCCGAGAUAAAUGAGACGGAGGCUGAGAAUAACUACCUCACCGGCAAAGUGAAAGAGUUGAAACAGCAGAUGGAUAACAUAAGAAAAAGGAGGGAGAAGGAGGAGGAGGAGGAGGAGGAGGAGGAGGAGGGUGAAGAAGCCCUGCAGCAGGAGCUUCUGUCUGAGGAAGAGAACUGGGAGCGGUGGAAUCAUUUGACACAUAACAUAAGGAAGAUGGAAAAGGAGAACGAGAACCUGCUGGAGAAAAUUAAGGAUUUGCCGGCUGAGGAAUAUCAGGGACAAAUACAACUGCUGGGGACAGCUGAGCAGGAGUAUAAGCAAAACCUGGAGCAGGUUCAGGAAGUCCUACGUAGAAAAGACGAUGAAAUAGAGCAGAAAUCCAUGACCUUGGUUCAAUUCAACAACACGGUAGAGGAGAGUUUGAACAGCAUCAAGAAGCUCAAGCAGGAUCAGCAGAAACUCCGAAAGCAGCUGAGCAGGAGACAAGAGGAGCAGAUAUUAGCUGCAUGGAAUACAUCAACUAUGGAUAAGAAUAGUGUAGAAGACAAAGAUGGGAGGCCCCUAAUGAAGAAAAGGUGGUCGUGUCUGAAGAGCCUGUGGGAAGGAUUAAAGGUAGGAGGAUGCAUCCUCUUUUGUGUCCUUCUUUCUGGAGGUAUCCUUGCCUCCAUGGUGCCUGUCUGCAACUGCCCAGAUCCUGACUGCAACUUGUGGGACAUCACUUUCAACCUGCUGGAGCCCUACGGCCAGCUCCACCAAGCCCUCCGCCUUUACUAUUAGCUAGGGUGGCAAAAAUAGAGAUUAUGAUAAAAUUAAAAGAACAUAUCCGUGUCCUGGUUGCUUACCUGAUUGAGUGCACGCCCCAUUCACUAAGGCCCCUCUUUUCUGUCUUCAGCUGUUCUGUCAAAUAAAGGCCCGAAAACAGUAAAAAAGAAUAUCCAGAUCCACAUAUAACUAUUGAGUCAACAGUAACAUUACAUGUCGCAGUGUGCAAAAACUAGUUUGCAAUGAAGUUUAAACAGGGAGCUAAAUGUAGUGAC